UCGCGAACAGUGCCCAAAAACAGAGGACGGGAAGGGAGGAGAGGGAGAGGGAGAGCUGGAGAGACGAGUUCGUUUCUUCUUCUCCUCUCUCGGUUCAUACUUCUCUUACGCGGCCUACAAAUCCUCUCUACCGAGUCGGAGAUUUUCUUCAGGUUUUCAUUUUAAAGACACGAACUAUUCGCUGGAGGUUGCUCUUGGGAGCGAUUUCUUGCUUCAUAUAGGCACUUUGUUUUUGAGGCUGAAGUCGAUAGCGCUUCUUUUCUGGUGGUUCUGAGUAGGGAAGUGAUUGUUCAGAAAAGGCUAUUGAACAUAAAUUCUCUCCAGUUACUGAACUGAUCUAUUUGCUUCUGUUAGCUAGUAUUUCUUUCUUUCUUGAGAAUCUUUUUGCUGUAUUGGCAGUAGGGAAUUGUUCGGAUUCCUUAUGGGAGGUUUAUAAUUCAUCAGCAUUUCUCCUUUUGGAUCUACUUCUCCAUAACACCUCCAUCAAAACCGAGUAUAUAUAUCUUGUGCUCUGGUAUUUGGUGCUAUAAACUGGUGAAUUCCUUUGAUGAUGACGAACUCAGGGAUGGAAGUUCUAACUCCUGCUCCUGCUUAUUUCUCCAAUUACAAUUGGUUUGUUGGUGAGAAGAAGUGUGGCAAUUGGACUCAGCAAGAGAACAAGCUGUUUGAGAAGGCCCUUGCUCGCUUUGACACAGAUACACCUGAGAGGUGGUUAAUGGUGGCGAGGAUGAUUCCUGGGAAGACGGUGGAUGAUGUCGUGUCUCAUUACCAGGAUUUGGAGGAAGAUGUUAGCUGUAUAGAAGCUGGGCUCAUCCCUUUCCCCGGUUACAGCUCUUCUUCUCUAACUUUGGAUUGGGAGAGUGAUCAUGGAUUUGAUGGCUUGAAGCAAGAUUACUGUUUUGGUGGGAAGAGAUCAGGCGGCAGACUCGCUGAUCAUGAGAGGAAGAAGGGCAUCCCAUGGACCGAAGAAGAGCAUAAGUGAUUUCUACUGGGUCUAAAAAAAUAUGGCAAAGGGGAUUGGAGAAACAUUUCUCGCAAUUUUGUUGUUACUAGAACUCCAACACAAGUGGCGAGCCAUGCGCAGAAGUAUUUUCUCAGGCUUAAUUCUGGUGGCAAAGAUAAGAGGAGAGCUAGCAUCCAUGAUAUUACAACCAUCAAUAUGGAAGAUAGCAGCCCUUCCUCUCCAUCCCAGCCAUCAGUAGUUACUGUGCAGUCCUGUUCAGCCAUAGCUCCUUCCUCAGAACAUUUCUCUGUUGCUGUUGAUUCAAAACAGCUCAAUGAGGUGGCUAACUUCUUCAGCAAAUCGGUAGACAGUAACCCGUAUAUUCCGUCGCCCUACGGCUUACAACAAUAUGGAAUGAUCCAGCAGGCUAGAAAUUUGCAACCAAGCAAUCUCAGUGGUUCUAUUGUUGGCAACAAUGGUGUCUUAUUUUAGAUGCAAUGCUAUUGAGAAUGAAUGUAGAGCAUUGAUGUGGAACAAAAGAUGAACUUUUUAUGAUGAACAGCUGAAAAUUGAAGAUCAAAGUCGGAGGAGUUGAUGUGGAGCUUGGCUGGUGAGCUGAGGGGCAAAACAAAAGCCAUCUUUUGAAAUGCUUAUUUUGUGGUUUAAAUAGUCAGCUUUGGGGGAGUUAUUUGUAGUUCAUAUUUGGUAUUGUAGAACACAAUAAUGCAUUACCAGUAUUGUAAUGUGGUGCUGUACUUUAUGGUACCUUUAGCCAAUUAUGUUAAUAUUUAUUAUCAUAAUUUAAAGGUCCUGACUUGUGUCUUGUAUCAGAAGAUCUUUACUUGUACCAUUUUUCUAUGGAUGGUGUUCUGGUGGUAGCAGCACGGUUUACAGAACUUAUUGUCACAUUUCUCUGCUCCUGUGUGAAUAAAAGGUAUGUAUUGAUUUCUUUUUUUUUUU